CUCUCUUCUUGACCACCACUCUCUUUCACCUUUGCAUGUUUUCUUGGUGACCUCAAACUAUUCCUAACAUUGGACCUAGAUUAAAUGGCGACGAUAGACGAACUUGUCGCUGAGCUAUCAGCGGAUCCAGAACGCGAACCUGUCGCGUCUGAGUUGGGGGUCUUACAAUCUAUAUACGGCGACGAUGCGAUUAAGCCGUGGUCGUCCAACGGGAGCUCGAGUCCGAAAAAUCGAGAAGCUGGGACGGUACGGUACGAAGUAGUUCUCACUUUGGCAACAGAUGAUGAGGAAGUCCAGUGCAACGUGCUAAUAUCAAUCCCUCCAACGUAUCCUUCAGCGGCUGCUCCUCAGCUGCAGCUGCUCUCGCGAUAUAUAGGACCAUUUGGCGUCGACCAUGCCCUCUUUGGUGCCGUCCUCCGGACAUACAUCUCGAGCGAAGGUGUAGAAUGGGUUGCGGAUAACGUAUGCGUAUUUGACGGACUAGAAUGGGCCAAGGAGCGAUGCACAGAAUGGUACAACACUAAAAAGAGCGAGAAGAUCGCAGGCGAACUUUUACGCGAGGACGAAAAGAACUUGGCCGUCAAUGUACCAGAUGUGGAGGAGGGGAAGGAUAAAAAGGUCUCUGGAUUGCAUGAACAGUGGGAGGAGACGUCUGCGCCGAUAUCUGCGAACAUCCCACAGGGUAUCGUGAUCAUAGAAGCAGAGCCGAUUGUGGACCGCAAGAGCGUAUUCGUUGGUCGCGCUUGCCGUGUAAGAGACCCGUCCCAGGUUCCACUUAUUCUGGCGCAUCUCAUGUCGGACCGGCGUAUAGCUCGCGCUGCACAUCCUAUUAUCAGCGCCUGGCGCUGCCGGGUUGGCAGCGUGAUGCACCAAGAUAACGAUGACGAUGGUGAGACCGCCGCAGGAGGUAGGCUAGCGCAUCUUCUGCAAAUCCUCGAGGUCAACGAUGUAUUGGUGGUCGUGACGCGCUACUUCGGCGGGAUUCACUUAGGACCCGAUCGCUUCAAACACAUCAAUCAAGCGGCCAGAAAUGCUUUAGAGCUGGGUGGCUUCCUAGAUGGCAGCGCUACAGAUACUCGCAAGAAAAGCAGUGCAAGAGCAAGAAAGUGAUAGAGGAAUAGGCAUACAUACUAGUGCUUAAUAAUACCCCCACUCUGUGUCCACAACCCUAC